GCCUGUCAAAUCCUCAGAACGUCCAGCUCACCGUCGAGAUCACCUGUGUCGACCGAGAGGAUCAGUUUCGAAGGCUCCUCGCCGCCGAAGAUGCCGUCCAUGACUUGGCAGCAAGUGCCGGCGGCAGGAUGACACAGAGUCUGGGAGCAGCGCCGGAAGCCACCUUCAACGCGUACCUGCUCCUGGUGCAGGCUUUUGCGGCACAGGUGCUGCCAGAAGGGGCCAUGACCAGGGCACAGGCCAUCUGCCUGGCCCUGUACGCCCUCCAACGGCCUUUGCCAGGCCAGCAAUCCUUGGAACGUCGUGGUCAAGAUUUGUUUCACGACUUCCUCCACUUCUGCGUGGACUUCUUUGGAGAGGAUUGGUGCGAGAAGAGGCUGUGCGACCUCUUGGCCAUCGAUGUGAAUGGGUCUGCUUGGCGCCGCUUAGCGGCGGAUUCGGGGUGCGAGCUCUACAUGUACACACCGCCAAAGGGCGACGCUGCAGUGGCAUCGAACAUCGGUCGAACCAUUCAAACAGAAGCCGUAGCGCAAG